ACAGGCAGUGGAUCGAUAACAAACCAGACUCGGCGAAAAAAUAUGACUGCAACAAUAGGCAGCUAGCUGGCUUCUUAUCUUUUUAUAAGCCAGAAUCCCAGGCAAGAGAAUCAAGACGACCGAGGCCAUGGAGAGAAAAGGUGUACCCAUUAAGCGCAUCCUCAACAAGCCCCAGAUAGUCCGCAGUCUGGGCAGCAACCUCCACCCUGAUGUGAACGCCAGCCACUCCCGGGCUGGAUGGUCGCUCCUGAGCAAAGUGCAGCGCAGCAGGCACAAGAAUCUGUAUGAAGUCAACCAUCAAAAUAGGGCCAAGCCUGAUUUAAACACAACACUACCAGUACGACAGACGGCAUCCAUCUUCAAACAGCCAGUGACCAAGGUUACAAACCACCCCAACAACAAGGUGAAGACAGACCCGCAGAAGGCUGUGGACCAGCCGAAACAAUUGUUCUGGGAGAGGAAGUUGGGCGGGUUAAAUGCAUUCGAUAUCGCAGAGGAGCUGGUGAAAACUAUGGAUCUUCCUAAAGGCUUACAGGGGGUUGGGCCUGCAUGUUCAGAUAAAACACUUCUUUCUGCCAUCGCCAGCGCUCUGCACACCAGCCCCUCACCGGUCACCGGACAACUCACUGCUGCCGUGGAGAAAAAUCCUGGAGUCUGGCUCAACACAUCUCAGCCUCUCUGCAAAGCCUUUGUAGUGACUGAUGAUGACAUCAGGAAGCAAGAGGACCUGGUGCAGAAUGUGAGGAGGCGGCUGGAGGAAGCCCUCACCGCGGAUAUGUUGGCUCAUAUAGAGGAUGCCACCGCAGCAGCCGCAGCCGCAGCCAACAAAGUGGAGGAGAAGGUUGAGCAGGUGGACAAGGAGGAAUUAUAGCCAAGGCUUAUUUGACAUGAAGUUUGCUGGUAAACUCCUUUCUUUUUCAAAUAAUUGGCUCCAUGAAGAUUUUUAUACACUUUGAACUGAAAAAGACCCUAAAUGCAGACAUUCUGCAGAUUUUGUUUACCUAAAAAAAAAAAGACUUUUCUUUAAUAUUAUUAUUAUUUUUUACAUUCAAGUGUAAUUCUGGAAGGGUGCUUUGGAUUUCCAGUUCACUUUUACCUCUACUAAUGUAAGGCAACUUUCUUUAGACUUUCCAUACUGUUUAGCGUUUUCAUGUCACAAUGACGUCACCUCCUCAUCAUUGAUCCUAUAUCGAGUCAAAUGAAAUUACUGUUCCUGUAAGUCCUUUUACUUUUAAGGCAGUUCACGGCAGUUGUGGAUGAUUCUCUACACAAGGCAGUGUUACAGUUAAUAAACGGCUGUUCAAGCUCAAAGUAAAGUACAAAACACAAACCUGGUGUCUGUGUGUGUGUGUGUGUGUGUGUGUGUGCUUGUGUUGAAUGUAUCACUUCAUGUUGGUGUCUUGAGUGUUUCUUUUUUGACAUGUUGCUCUUUUAUAUUUUACUCUGGCACUGCAGGUAUUGUGUUGUUUGGAAGCAUAGAACGGUUGCAGUAUGUUUACAUGCACACGGCACUGUUGUGGCUGUGAAUAAUCAAAUGUAGUUAGCUUGGUUUCAAAUUUUUGCAGUUCAAAGCAGUGUUAUUUCUCACAAUAACUUAAGUUUACAUGGUUUUGAAGUUUAGGUCACAGUAUUUGUGUUUCGCCAGCUACAUUUGAGUUUGAUAUGUAACAGAACAAGUAUGUACCUUCAGAAAAUACAAAAAACAAUAAAACACUGAUGUAACAUGAUGUACUGUACCUCAUUACAAUAAUUGUUAUUUGUCUCUCUGCCACUGAAAUAAAUGCAGCUCUUUUAUG